AAAUUUCAUAUUUUUAUCUAGGAAUGUUAAAAAAUUAAUCUCAGUUGGUCAAAAUGGCUGUCAUUGGCUCCAUGGUUUCUCAAUUAAGCCGUGUUUUUACUCGACUUUCAGUACCAAUAAAUAUUCAACCGGUUAGAUGCCAUAAUAACAUUCCAUCAAAUUAUAAUCCAAAUAAAUAUGUUGAUGCCAAGAUGUUGAGAGAUCAUAGAAGAAGACAAGCAGCUAAAGAUUAUGCUCAAUUACGUGUUCGUAUUAUGGCAAUGAAAAAGAAUGAUGUAUUGCCAAUUGAACUUCGAGAACUUGCUGAAAAACAUAUGCAGGAUCAUAUACCACGUACAACAUCACAAAUGCAACAUACUGGUAGAUGUGUCAUGACAUCACGUCCUCGAGGAAAUCUCAGAAGAUUUAGAUUAUCAAGAUUUAUGUUUCGUAAUAUGGUUGAUUAUAAUGGAAGAUUAGCUGGUAUUCAACGUGCCAUGUGGUGAUUAAUUUCAAUAGUUUAAUUUUUGUUUUUCAUAUCAUAACACGCAAGAUGAUAUGAUAAAAAUUUACCCUUGUAUGUUGUUUUUCUAUUGAAAAUAAAAACAAUAAAGUCAGUUGAUAUUUUUAUUGUAAAUACAACACGUGUUAUCAAAAAUAAAAAAAAAAAAAACAAAAA